UCACAGCAAAAGUUGAAGACGAAGUUUUGGAAAACGAAGGGCCGUGAUUUGCGAUGUGUGGUGAAGUUGUUCGUUUUGUUUUGGUAGCCCGUAGAAAUUGCCCCACGUAGACUAUCGGAGACAGUAACUUAAUCAGAAAUAAAUUGUCUAUUUGAUUGGAUUUGCGGAGAGAGAGAAAAAAAAAAACCUUUGCAGUUCGUUUUACCCCUUUGCUAUUUUAUUGUACAAAUGUAUUAUUAUUUAAUUUUUUUGCAAACAGCGGUAUUAAUUUUCAGAUUCAGAAGAAUAAUGUAAAGUAUCCUACACGACAUACUCGUUGCCUUGGAUUGGAUCCGUGCUGGAAGUGUGUCAAAUUUAUGAACGUUAACUAGCAAGAUCCGGACCGACUUCCAUAGUUGGCAAUACAAGACGCUGCAAAUACUUCGGCCAUUCCGCAUGAUUUCAUUCGUGUUAAGGCGAUAGUGAAGGACUUUUUUUCUGGGCAUUACGGUAACCCUAAAGUGUCUAUAUGGUUGCUGUUGAGAGCUCAACAAUUGAGCGUUUCAAACGUUUGGAUUGAUUUGGAGUUUUUUGGAGUUAUCGAGUUAUUUGCAUCCCUUCGGAACCAUGGAUCCGAGCCAGCAUAACCCCCCAGCCGGCCACCAAAUCGUCCACGUCCGGGGCGAUUCAGAGACUGAUUUGGAAGCUCUUUUCAACGCUGUGAUGAACCCAAAAAAUGUCAGCGUCCCCCCAACAGUACCUAUGAGGAUGAGGAAGCUACCCGACUCCUUCUUCAAACAGCCAGAGCCAAAGACGCACUCCAGACAAGCCAGCACAGAUGCCAGCACUGCGGUUACCCUCACUCCACAGCAUGUGCGGGCGCACUCUUCGCCUGCCUCCCUCCAGCUGGGGACACUGUCACCUGGAUCGAUGGGUGGCGGUCCUCCUGCCGGCCCUUCCUCGCAGCACGUCCGCCAAUCCUCCUUCGAAAUCCCUGACGACAUGCCACUUCCAUCUGGGUGGGAAAUGGCCAAGACCUCUUCCGGACAGAGAUACUUUCUGAACCACUUAGACCAGACAACCACCUGGCAAGACCCUCGCAAGACCCUCUUGCAGAUGAACCAGAAUGCCCCUUCUAGCCCUGUGCCCAUGCAGCCGAAAAUCAUGAACCCUGCCUCUGGGCCUCUCCCUGAUGGCUGGGAGCAAGCCAUCACCUCGGAGGGGGAGAUCUACUAUAUCAACCACAAGAACAAGUCCACCUCCUGGCUGGACCCGCGCCUCGACUCGCGUUUCGCUCUGAAUCAGCAGCGAAUGAAGCAGGCCCCACCCCUGCCCUCCAGCCCCCAGGGAAGAGUGAGCCAAAUGAGACUGCAGCAGCUGCAGAUGGAGAAGGAGAGACUGAGGCUGAAGCACCAGGAUCUGCUUCGGCAGGUCAGACCCCAGGAAUUGGCCCUGCGGAACCAGCUGCCUACAAGCAUGGAGCUGGAUGGUGGGACCCCUAACCCUGUAUCCCUGCCAGGCAUGUCCCAGGACAUCCGGACCAUGACCACCAACAGCUCAGACCCAUUCCUUAACAGUGCCAGUGGUAACUUCCACUCCAGGGAUGAAAGCACAGACAGUGGACUGAGUGUGAGCAGCUACAGCAUCCCACGCACGCCGGAUGACUUCCUAAACUGUGUGGAUGAGAUGGAGACAGGUGACUCCGUAGGCCCCACCCCCAUGGCCACCCAGCCCAGCCGUUUCCCAGACUACCUGGACACUAUCCCAGGCACGCACGUAGACCUGGGCACUGUAGAGAGUGAGAGCAUGGCGGUAGAGGGCGAGGAGCUGAUGCCCAGCCUGCAGGAGUCACUCAGCUCCGACAUACUCAAUGACAUGGAGUCUGUGCUGGCAGCUACCAAAAUCGACAAGGAGAGCUUCCUCACAUGGUUAUAGAGAAGGGGAUGGGAGUGGGGCAGGACUGGGGUGGGGCCAAGGGCAACUCCUACUAACCAACCAACAUCCCUCUCCAACCCCCUACCCACUUUCUCACAGUGGUCAUCGCUGCCAUGUAGAUACUCAGUUGCGCCUCUGAAAGUAUGUAAAAUGGUCUUUCCAGCAGAACUUUUCAGGUGCUACUUUUGAAAUGUUUCCCUCCCUGGAUGUUGGGAGAUGGAAGGAGAGGAACAUGGCAGGGCUCACUGGCUCAUGACCUGGGGGUUUGAUGGGACCUGAGAGCCCAGAAAUUGAAGCCCUCCAGCUCCUGCUUCCUCUGUGUAGCUCCGUCUGUAGAGGCCUUGGUUUAGCUGUGCUUGUAUGUUCGUGAGUGUCUAUGUGUGUGUGUUUGUGCAGAGGAGUAUGCAUGUGACAGCAAAACAAAAAGUGAAUCAUAUGAAGCCUGACUGUACAAUCAUCAGAAUUGAGUCACAUCUGAAAACUUUUUAGAUGCUGGGAAAACUGUAAAAUACACCUGUGGUGCCUAUUAGGAUCUCAAGAAAAAGUCUAACUGAAAAUAUACAAUCAAAUGAAAUAAUCAUUUUAUUCUGAACAUUGUGUUUUUUUCUGUUUUUUUUUUUUUACAUUGUCGAAUCUGCUGGAAUUUUACUGGUGUUUAAAUGGGUACAGUUUCCAAAUAAUUUUUGGUGUACAUCUUUACUCUCCUCAGAACCAAUCAACAUUCAUGACCUUCCUUAUCUGUGGCCACAUUUCAUCUAUACCAAUGUGAAAAAGCCCUACAGCCUGGACUACAUUUUGCUUAUGAUAUUUUGAACCAUUUGUGGGGUUUUGUUUUUAUUUGUUUUUAAUAUUAUCAAUCUUUCAUUUUCAUGAGCCUGUCUAUACAAAAAUGAUGUAGCUAAAGUGAAAAGACCAACCUCAGUACUGAUUUGGUAUCAGCAUGUCAGAAGGUCUGGUGUGGGUGGAGCUUGUUGCUGAUGAUACUGGAUUGUGUGUAUGAAGGGGGGGAGCAUGGCUGAGUGUUUCCAUUUUACAAAUACUGCUGCUUUGGCUGUGCUGCCAAUUUUAAGUAUACCUUAUUCAUCCAAGUGCCUUCAGUUGUUUUUGAGAAGAUAAACAAGUGCUAUAUGGAUUGUUCCUAAUCUUGUGACAAUUUCCUUGAUGAUGAUGUGUUGGAGGACAAGCCGCCAUAACCCAUUCAUUUCUGUGGUAAAACAUGGGGUUAAACUACGCCUAAUUGACAUGACAUCCAUUACAAAAUAUUAUGAUGGUGCUCAGUCAAUAUCACUUUUCAUAUAAAGUUUGGAUGGUUGGCCUGUAACAGAAAAAAACAAAGAUCUAAGGGGGGGAAACUUCACUGCUGCAGCAACUCUCUGUGUGCCCUCUGUAGGACUGGGUUGCACCAGCUGCACUUCAGUUCAAACGUAGCCUAGUUAGCUAUAACUUUAAAUUCUACUAAUACUCUUGAUUUAUGCAUUAGUAACAUAAAAGCGGUGACACAACAGAAAUAAGCUAACAAGGUAACUAGCUAACAGUCCUAUAGCCUACACUCAGCAGGUGUGAUCACAUAGUCACUCAUGAACUGUAAAACGGAUUUUCUACACACAGCAUAAUUUUUUCGGUAACACCAUGGCAUUUUGCAACUCAGUAGUCAAGUAGAGGUUUCAUUUAUGUAUAUGAUAUUUCAGUAGCGAUCUAGCUAGCAAACUAGCUACGAUGGCAAGUGCAAGAUGGUAAUUAAAUCUUAGUAAUGACUUUACAUCCAGAAGAGUUGGGAUAUGUCCAGUUAGGAUAUAUACGUAAUCAAGGUGCCACAACAUUUAUCAGCUGGUUUUGUUGGAAAGUACUUUGUAGCGCCCGUAAAACUGGUCCUUGGGAUCUUUCAACCCACUGGUUAGCUUGAAUGUGAGGAGUUGUAUGGUAGAAUGCAUUAAAAGUAAGCUUACCAGUUACAAUGAUCCGAACAAACUGGUGUAUGGUCUACUUAUAUUGCAAAUCCACCUUGCUCUUCUUUCUGUUGACAACAUUACAUUUUCUUAUCACCGGUGGGUAUUAAUCUUUGGAUAACCAAAAAAAGACAAUAAACUGCACAGAAAUUAACCUUACAGAAUCUGUUCUUGACAGAAAAAGACAUUGAGUUCUAUGGUAGGUUGUCCUCCACGGGUCAACGCCACAUGGUUUGUGACGUAUUAAGAAUGAUCCAUAUAUUGGGCUUCUGAAUUAUUGGCACUCCUAAUGAACAUGGAGAACAUGGAAAAAAUAUCUAUAUUUUAUGUGCAAACAUAUGGAACGACUAUAUACUUUCAUUUGAAUACAUUUACUCUCAUGUUUUUUAUUUAGAAGUCUCAUUUCUUCUGAAAACCACAUGUGCCAAAAUUGAACAUUUUGGCCAUACACACCCUUGACAUGUUUCACAAAUGGAAUGAAUACAAGGAGACUCACCUUACUGUGAAAUAUGGUGGUGGAUCAUUGAUGUUUUGGAGAUCCAGACUUAAUUCCCUUGAAAAAUCUGUUGUCUGAGCUGAAGAGGGGGGGUAUCCCAAGGAUAUCAAUUAUUCUGAAAAGUUCUGCAUGGAGGAAUGUUCAAACAUCCCUCCAAAUGUGUUCUCUAACCUUAUUACAUAUUAUUAUUACAAACCUGUUUUUUGGAGAAUUUUUUUUUUUUAUUAUUAGAAAAAUGUAUGUUCCUUUGAAUCAUUAAUAAAGCACACUGCUUUACACAUUUUGGGUAAAAAUCAUGCCAAUAACAAUUUUUUUUAGUUUACAGUUUUGUGAGUGCCAAUAAUUAUUGAGCCCAAUAUAUGUUCUGCAGCACCAGUCUAUAUAUAGCCAGAUGUUCUGAACAUGACCAUAACCCUUUCUGCAUAUUUAGUAAUCAUGAGCAUAUUUUUGUUAUUAUACAUAAGGUUUACAGGGGGUAGGUUUUUUACACCUAACUUCUACAGUCUUAUUUAAGUCUGAUUUGUCCCUGUUUUUUCCCUUUAUUUGCUUGGUUCUCAUUAUCUUUUAAGUUGGGUUGUUCAAUGAAUGAGCAAAAUAUGUUGCUGAUCUUGUGGAUGGGUUUUAGGCGUAUUUUAAUGGGGAGUUGUGGUUCAGGCUUACUUUCAGCACAUGGUCUAGAACUGAGAUCUCUCAACCUCAAAAAUGAACCUAAAAUACAUUUGAAUUCCUCAUUUAAAAAGAAAUGGAAACCUUUCAGAUGCUGUGCCAUCUGCCGUGAUGGUGCUUUUUAAAUCUAAGUGGGGGGCAUUGGUUUGAUUGAAGUAGUGACAUUUAUUGUACUGAUAUCUUAAUCUCCUAUUUAAUCUCUCAUCUUAAACAUGGGUUUAUGAACUCAAACACGAAGCUUGCAGCGCAAAAUGUGGCCUGAUGAGAGUAUGUUGGUGCAGUUGCAGUCUGCCUGAAAUUAACCUGUUAUUAAAACAGUAGCAGUGUCCCAUGAAAAAAAAGUUAGCAACCCUAGUGGAAUCUCAAUUCACAAAAGCCCUACUAAAAGUCACAUUGUUUACCUGUAAACUUUUAAUGCGGCCAUUUCAAGUGCCACUUAUGCUACAGUAUGCUUACUGAUUCCAUGUCAAUUUCCCCACACAAGAACUGCCUCCUGUCGCAAAAAAAAGAGAUAUUACCUGGUAGCUAAAGAAAUGGCCCUGAAAAACAGUAUUUUGCAGACCACAGUUGUCCUUAAAGUGAACCUUAUAGGAAAAAAUGAUCAAAAUACGUGUUAGCUGGUUUGAGGAUCAGGUAGUCAAUGGCUUGUGGAUUAGUGCAGUUAUAUGGGAUUUAGCGGUAAUCCUGACUUUGUUUUGUAUUAUACUUUUUUUAAUCAAUGGCGAACAAGCAGUACAAUGGAAAUUGAUGAUCUGGAUUUAUUUUCUUUUUAUCAAGGCUUCCAAAGAGUAUUUUAUUUCCUUUUGAGCAAAGAACAAAAACUAUUUGUUAUCAACCUUGUUUUUGUAUAAGCUAAACACACACAAACACACACACACACACACACACACAGAUAACUGUUUUAUUAGAUGGGAGAUUUAUUAGAAGUUUUGGAUACAAGAUGUCAUAUUUUCUUGCCAAGCUGUUAAGCAUUUAACCUGUGUCAUAAUGAUUUGGGUUUGUGGAAAACAAGUGCACCACCCAUAAUUCUUUGUCUUAUGUUUACAAUCUAAGCAAGUGAGUAUUGUGGCUGUUGAGGGAUGAUGACUUUAAAAACACUUCCUUUAUUGGCAGUAAGUACUUUUUUGUUGUCAGAUGUUUACAUGGUGAAAACACUAUGAAAAGAACAGAAGACCACCAUGUGUUAUGAUGUCCUCAAAGCCACAGCUAUUUUCUUUAUUGUAUUACUUUUUAUGCAUGAUUUUAUGCAUCAGGGAAACCUGAUCAUCGUCCUGCAUGGAAUGGUUUUGAUUUUUAAUUUUGGUUGAUUGUAUGGAUAUUGGGGAACCCAAAAGACAGCCAUUUAUUAGAUCAAUAUGGAGUAGCAGUCUAUUCAACCUUUGCAUUCAAACAUGGUUUAUUUGAUAUUAAGUGUAGCUUUGUUAUUAGGUGGGAACAGAUCCAGUGUUGGAGCUGAAUAAUGCAACGAAAUAUAAAUAAGUAUAACUUUUGAAAAUUGAUGGUACAAGACUGUUAUAUUUUUAUCACUUAAGCAUGCCUUUAUACAUAGUAGUUUGUCAUUGUCAGAAUAUAUAGUCACUGAUGGCUGUCUGUAUGUAGCGGUAGGACUAAUCACACAUUUUAAAGGUUUCAUAUCUAGAUAUUCAUAAAUGCACACAAUUAAUUUAUAUUCAACAAUAAUGAUUUUUUUAAAUAGAUGUAUGUGCAUGUAUGUUGGCAUAAACUGUUGUAUUUUAUCUCUUUAUAUAAUACUUAUAAUACUUAUUGGCUUAUUGUGGAAUAAAGUAUAUACUUUGUGAUAA